GCCGUUUAAAAGGCUGGCUCCCCCUUGCCACCAUACCAGAGAGAGCAAGAGUGCUCAGCUCAGCUCAGCGCUCCGCGGGACGAGCUCGGCUGAAGCUACUCUGCCUCUAGCUCGCCAUGGCGUCAGGGGAGGCAGAGCCGCUGCAGUACACGACCACCGUGCUGCGGGUGUCCAUUCACUGCGAGGGCUGCAAGAAGAAGGUCAAGAAGGUGCUCCACAACAUCGAAGGCGUCUACAAGGUGACGGUGGACGCGGCGCAGCACAAGGUGACUGUCACCGGCAGCGUGGACGCCGACGCGCUUAUCAGGCGGCUGCACAAGGCCGGCAAGCAGGCCGCGCUGUGGCCCGUGCCGGCGCCGGCCCCCGCGGCCAAGAAGGUCGAGGAGGUUGCUGCGGCGCCACCAGCGGCCGGGGAGGGUUUCAAAAAGGAAGUGGCAGACGAGGCGGACGCGAAACCGAAGGAGGCUGCCAAGGAGAAGGGCUCGGGCAAGCAGCCUGGAGCCGAGAGCGCGGAGAAGAAGCCGGAGAAUGACAAGGGCUGGGACAAGAAGCCGGAGAAAGCCGAGGCGGCAAAAAAGGAGGACGCUAAGAACGACGGCGAGGUGGCUGAGCCGAAGGAGAAGGACUCCCCUGAGCCGGACAAAGAAGCCGCCGCCGAGGGGGCGGCCGGGGAGGAGGCCAGCGGCAAGAAGGGCAAGAAGAAGAAGAACAAGCAGAAGGAUGGCGGCGAGGGGGAGGCCACGCCAGAUAAGCCGCCGCAGCCAUCGAUGCCGGCGCCGGCGCCAGAGCCUGCGUGGGGUCCGGAGCGCCCGCACGGCGCGUUCCCGUACUACGCGCCGCAGCCGGUGAUGAGCUACAACGUCGCACACCCGAGCGCGAGCGUGUCAUACUACGCGCCCACGCCGGUAGUACCCAUGCAGCCAAUGCCGAUGGCGCCGCCGCCGCCGCAGAUGCCGUACGGCUACUCACAGUACCCGCCCAUGAUGGCGCCGCCGCCGGAGUUCCUGUACGGGCCGCCGGGCAUGCGGUCGUCCCCGCCGCAGGAGUCGUACAACAUGUUCAACGAGGAGAACGCCAACUCUUGCAGCCUCAUGUAGCCAUGUGACGCCGCCGUGCCGCGGGACUCCGGCGGUUGGUACUGCACGCACGGCGCCGAGUCGUAGUUAGAGGAGGCUUUCGUAAUAGAAACCUCUUCUCGUGGUUACUAGGUAGAUUGAACGGACUACUAUUAGCUAGGUGGUCAAAGCUCUUCUUGACCUGAUUUUUUUCCUUCUCUUAGUGUAUCAUGUAAUGAGAUUAUAUUCUACUAGUACUGCUAGCAGUUUGUUUUUUUUUGGCCACUACUAGUACUAAGCAUUUCUUUAUUAAAAUUUCAUCAGUGAUGCAGUAUCUGCACCGGUAGUUGGUUUUUUUUUUUUGAAAAAAGAGAAAAAAGGGCUCUGGUGAUGUUGGUAGGACAGUGAUGUGUAGUUUAAGUGUAGGUGUGAGUGGUGGGGGCACUUUGGAAAGCAAGCAGGGCCAAGUAAUGUGUUAUGUUGGUUGACAGGCCUUUUUCUAC